UACAUAUUAGAUUCCUUCUACCGCUGUUCAACUUCUUACUUUCCUUGUUUUUCUUCCUCUCUUCUUUCUUUUGUCUCCUAAAUUGACGUAUGUACAUACUCAUACCGUGUUGUUGUAUUACUAUCCGCCUUUUAUUCUCUCUGACCUUUCACAUCACAUCCACGCGUCAUGUUCUUUGUUGUCUCCACAUGUACAAAUUCUCCUAAUCGCGCAUUCAGCAUCAUCAUCAUACCACUGCUCUCUCCUUUUCAUCCAUUUCUGGCUUUGGACUUGUUUCUGUUCACAUCGAUCAUGCCUGCAUAUCUCACAUUAGAACAUUUGUCGGGCACCGUGUACAGUGUACACUCAAUGUAUGUAUGUAUUAUCAUUCUUAUAGUAGACUUGAACCAGUCACUCCUGUUUUCAAAGUAUCACAUCCGACUAGAUCUAUCCUCUUUUGCAACACACUGCGGUGCUCGGCUUACCUCUGCAUGGUCGAGUUGAUUGUUCCGGAAUAGGACGGUCGGAUGCGUGGAAAUGCUGGGCAUAGCUUCGCGCUCGCCCGUCGGUGUUCCGCCAAAACAUUGCAUCUUGACCGGUCGUCGGAGCGCUUAUAGAGCUUGGCUUUAAAAUC